GGUCUUAAUAUGAUAGCUGCUUUUCCAUUGGAUUAUAUGCACCUCAUUUGUUUAGGUGUGAUGAGAAAGCUUUUGUUAAUGUGGGUUACUGGAAAACCACCGACAAAAUUGCAGCACAUAAAAGUUCAAAAUAUAUCACAAGCAUUAAUUAAACAAAGACCAUUUUCACCUUGUGAAUUUGCUCGUAAACCGCGAUCUUUAUCUGAAGUAAAUCGAUUUAAAGCAACAGAAUAUCGGCAGUUUUUAUUAUAUACAGGCCCAGUUAUUCUGCGUUCAAUAUUAUCGCUAGAUAUGUACACAAAUUUUUUAAGCCUGCAUAUAGCUACUUUAAUUUUAUCCAACACAAAGCUGUUAUCGCACUUCGGAGAUUAUAGUGAUUCAUUACUUAAAUAUUUUGUAAAAACAUUUAUACUUAUCUAUGGCGAACAAAAUGUAUCACACAAUAUACAUAAUUUACUUCACAUUUUUGCAGAUAGCAAACAAUUUGGAGUUUUGCAAAACUUUUGCAGUUUUCCCUUAGAAAAUUAUCUCCAGUCAUUCAAAAGGAUUAUUAGAAAAGGUGACAAACCCUUAUCCCAAAUUAUUAAAAGAAAGUUUGAGCAAGACUCUUGUGUAAUUGUAGAAAAUUCUUUCUGCUGUGGCUAUCCUAUACCCAGUAUGGAACACAAUAAUGGACCUUUAAUUGGUAACGGCGUAUUGACACAAUAUAAGCAAAUUCAAUUUCAAAAUUACACCUUGAAGCUUUCAAUGGGUGAUAAUUGUUGCUGUCUGAAUGAUGGUAACGUUAUAUGUAUUAAAAACUUUGUUUCAAAGGAUGACGAGUUAUUUAUUAUCGGGUUCAAGUACAUGGAAAGAAGUGAUGUGUAUCUAAAACCUUGCAAAUCUUCAUCCUUGGGAAUAUAUUUUGUAAGUGGGGAAGGAUCCCUUAAUAUAUGGAAUAUUAAGAACAUUUCGAAUAAACUUGUUAAGGUUAUUGUAAAUGAUAAAAUUGCUGUGUUUCCAUUUUUACAUUAGUUUUUUAUAAGUUUGAAUCUUUUGUUGAAAAAUUUUUUUUUAGUUAUUGUUUUAUUAGCUGUGAGCAUUGUUUUUGUUUUUGUCGCUUAUAAGUACACUUUGUUAUUUGUGGAAAAAUACUUGUUUUGGCAUUUAUUUACAGUAAUUCAUCAUAGAGAUCAUGUCUGCAAAAGUAACAUGGUCCGUAAUAAAAUUUCCCGAGGACAAUGAUGCGGUUGAGGCAGUACCAUCUAGAUGGUUAGUGGGUAAUAAAUGUAAAUGGCCUCCAUACCCACCAAACAGCAAAAAGUUAAUAGAGGCCAUUGAGAAAAGUGAAAUGCCUAGUGAAACAUGGCAAGAAUUUACCAUUAUACCUUUUCGUAACAAUAUUUAUGAUGAUUAUGAAGCUGUAUCACUCCCAGAUCCACCACCUGAGCCAGCAUUCAUCCAGAAAUUGAUUAACAAUGUAGAAGAUUCGUCUUCACUUCAAGGUGCAAUUGAUUCUGAUUCGUAUCAAGAUAUAAAUCCUAACGGAUCUUCCUCAAAAUUUAUGGCUCCAUCUCCAAUUUGUAGAAAAACUCAAAAAGUGCGCAAUGAUCAACAACCUACUUAUAUCGAAGUACAACAGCCUAUGCUUGACAAAAAUUGUGACAAAACCGUUGUCCAUACACUAGAAACACCAAAUCAAAAAGAAAUUGGAGUUAAAGAUGUUUAUAACCUAUUGUUAAGGCUCACAAGAAAGCAAGAGUUAUUACAGCUGGUAGUAACGGACAUAAAGGAAAGUUUAAUUAAAAUGGAGACUGUAUUAUUGAGAAACCAUCAGGUUGACGUAGAAACAGGAGAUGCGGAAUCCAUUUCCCUUAAAUUUAACCUACCCAUUGAUGGUGUCGAGAAGCUAAAAGAAUUUGAAGCUUACUUCAUUGAAAAUGAGAAAGCAUUUAAAAAAGCAGUUCAUGAAGUAUCUCAAUUAGGAGGGAAGCAUUUGUAUGACUUUAUUUAUAGGGCUGGGAGAACAUUAAUUACAAAUAGCUUCGCAUCAAAGUUCAGCUACUUGGGAAAGCGACAGAAAGAAUCUUUUAAAAUUCUUAAGAUGAAUAAUUUGUUGAUAGAAUCUGCUAUGCAUCUUCAUAAACAAGCUACUGUCAAGGAUGUAGAGGUGGAGAUCUCGAAAUGGCUUAAAAGAGCUGCAGAGAGGGCAAAAAAUGAAAAAGAAUAAGUCUACUUUUAUCUUCUUUCGACCUAACUUUUAAAAUAAAUUAAUUCAUAUUUAAAAUAUAUUGUUUUUAGUUUUCACCCAACACUACAUCUAUAUAAGAUUUAUUUUGAAUUUGUAUGUAACAGUUAAAAUAAAAUUUCUUAAUUUCUUGUUCCA